AUGGCUGAGAACGAUUGUUGGAACGACGCUUCUGGUAAAUUUUAUCUAUUUUCUCGCGAAUAUUCGAUGUUCUAUCGCUAAUUUGCUAAAACUGUACUGAAACUCAAAUUUUGAAGCAAUUAUUGGUUGAAAAUUCGUUUUUUUUUUUGCGGAUAAUUUUCAAUAAUUAAUUUCUCUUCAAAGUUUGAAAGCUUUGGCAAUCACAUUAUUUCAGCGAACACCGGCUUCGGCGGAAAAUCGAGUGGUGGAGGCUUCGGUGGCUCAAAAUCGUCAGGAUUCGGAGGCGGCAACUCUGGAAGCGGUGGCGGUUUCGGAGGCAACUCUGGAGGAGGUGGCGGUUUUGGAAGCAAAUCUGGAGGCAGUGGCGGUUUUGGAAGCAACUCUGGAGGAACCGGCGGUUUUGGAGGAAGUUCCGGCGGCGGCGGCUUCGGAGGAAGUUCCAGCGGCGGCGGCUUCGGAGGUACCUCUGGCGGUGGUGGCAGCGGUAGUGGUUUUGGCGGAAACUCUGGGGGAGGAGGAGGCUUCGGAGGCGGAGGCAACUCUGGCUUUGGAGGAGGUGGCGGUGGCUACGGAGGAGGCGAAAGAGGAGAACGAAACAACAGUAUGUUUGGCGAAAAAACUUCGCCAGCAGCCAUAAUUUUUCCUCAGACUGCUUCAACUGCGGCCAGUCGGGUCAUCAAUCUCGUGACUGCCCGGAGCCCCGCAAACCAAGAGAGGGAGGAGAUCGCCCAAGAAGUAAGCUCAAAUCAUCCUACAGGUUUUUAGCUAUGCCAUUUUUCAGACUGUUUCAACUGUGAUCAGCCAGGACACCAGUCCCGCGAAUGCACCGAGCCACGUAAGCCGCGCGAACCGCGAGGCUACGGCGGAGGCGGAAACGAUUUCGGAUCCUCUAACACUGGAGGAUUCGGAGGAGGUGGUGGCGGGUUUGGAAGCGGUAAUGAUGGUGGAUUCGGUGGCGGCAACGACGGGGGUUUCGGCUCUUCGGGAGGCGGUUUUGGUGGUGGCGGCGGACCUGAAGAACGUGGCCCCAUGACGUGCUUCAACUGCAGAGAAGAAGGGCAUCGUUCGGCGGACUGCCCAAAACCGCAACGUGGAUGCUUCAACUGCGGCGAACAGGGACAUCGUUCUAAUGAGUGUACGAAUCCGCCGAAGCCAAGAGAAGGCGGAGAGGGAGAGACGAUGAAGGCGACCUACGUGCCGGAAGAGACCAAUCUGGAGGACGUGUUCAAUCUUCAGACGAUCAAAGAAGGACUCAUGUUCGAUAAGUUUUUCGAUGCUCAAGUGGUUUUGACGUCUUGUGGAAAAGCUGUAAAAGUUCCGCCAUGCAAACAGUUCGACCAAGCUCGUUUGGCCCCCAAGAUGAGGGAAAAUGUGAUGCAUGCUGGAUACUCGAGAACUACGCCGAUUCAGCAGUAUUCGCUGCCUCUUAUCCGUGAUGGCCACGACAUCAUGGCCUGUGCGCAAACAGGAUCCGGAAAGACGGCUGCUUUCCUUCUGCCAAUCAUGUCGAGACUUCUGGAAGAAAGCGACUUGAACACAGCCGGAGAAGGUGGAUGUUAUCCGAGAUGCCUCAUUCUGACCCCUACUCGGGAACUUGCCGACCAAAUCUAUAACGAGGGAAGAAAGUUCUCGUACCAGACGAUGAUGGAGAUCAAGCCGGUGUACGGAGGACUCGCCGUCAUCUACAACAGAGGACAACUCGAGAAAGGAUCCACGAUCGUCGUCGGAACCGUCGGAAGAGUUAAGCACUUCAUCGACGAAGGAAUCAUCAAGCUUGGAAAAAUCAAGUACCUUGUGCUAGAUGAGGCUGAUCGCAUGAUUGAUGGCAUGGGAUUCGGACCAGACAUCGAUCAAAUUGUCAACUACCCGGAAAUGCCACCGAAGGAGAAUCGCCAGACUUUGAUGUUCUCAGCUACGUUCCCGGAUUCCAUUCAAGACGCUGCUCGCGAAUUUUUGCGUGAGGACUACACGAUGAUCACCAUCGACAAGAUCGGUGCUGCGAAUAAGUGUGUCAUUCAAGAAUUCGUUCUUUGUGAUCGUAGUGAGAAAAAGGACAAUCUUCUGGAAAUGCUGAAUAUUGAUAUUGAAUCCUACACCGCUGCCAAGAGUUAGUUGUUGCCUCAAAAAUUAAAGUUAACGUGUGCUUCAGAUGCGGAAGUGUUCACCAAGAAAACCAUCAUCUUCGUCUCACAACGAGCUAUGGCUGAUACUUUGGCCUCUAUUCUGUCUAGCGCUUCUGUUCCGGCUAUUACAGUACGCCCAACUAAUUUUAUCCUGAUUAGAUUGUAUUUUUCAGAUUCAUGGUGCACGCGAGCAGCGCGAGAGGUCGGAGGCGUUGCGUCAAUUCCGUUGUGGGCUGAAGCCCGUUCUGAUUGCUACUGCCGUCGCCGAGCGUGGAUUGGAUAUUAAGGGUGUUGACCACGUUAUCAAUUACGAUAUGCCGGACAACAUUGAUGACUACAUUCACAGAAUCGGAAGGUUCGUCUGAAGGAGUUCUUAAUAAUUAAUCAGUUAUUAUCAAUAAGUCUAAUCCUACAUAUUUGCAGAACUGGUCGUGUCGGAAACUCUGGUAGAGCUACAAGCUUCCUCGGAGAAGACUGCCCACUCAUCCCGGAUCUGUUGCGUGUUCUUGCCGAUGCCGAGCAGAUUGUUCCAGAAUGGAUGCAAGGAAGAGCUAGUGGAAACUACGGAAACUCCGGUCAUUUUGGAGGAGCUGCUCCGCAAACCCAAGAAGAAGAGGUCUGGUAG